AUGCUAUGCCGAAUCUUCCCGAUCAACGAUUUGCCCAAUGAGAUACUCGUAGAGAUCUUCCGCUUUGCAUGCUGGCACCCUGGCGGUCCUUCCAACAGCACAAACCAGAGGCUGUGGUUGACCUGGGUAUGCCGACGUUGGAGAGCCGUGGCCUUGACCGACAUGACCAUCUGGAAUGACAUAUGCUUUCGGGAUUCCUGGCCUUUCACUCGUUCGUUGGCUUGGUUGGAAAGAGCCGGUUCUGCACCCCUGGAUCUCCGAAUUUGCGAGCAACAGGCGGUCACACAGGCAUCUCAACACGCGAGACUCGAUGCUGCAAGGAUGUCGAAUCUCAUGGAUCGGAUCAUGACCAAGGUCGCGCAGAUUCGAGUAUUCAUAGCAUCCGUCGAUGAUUGGGACCCUGCGCUGAUUAUACUCGACCGGUUCAGGAAGACGAGUACCUGCCCUACUUUGUUGGAACGAUUUGAACUUUACCGCGUAGGCAGACCCCUCGCGUGGAUAGGACCCGGAUACCAACCCGCCGAGCUUCGGCAGGCAAUGCCUCUGUGCGGCGGUACUGCCCCGUCUUUGCGUCAUCUAACUCUGGCUGGCAUUCACGUAGACUGGACCGGCUCUUCUCUGCAUAACUUGACCAGCUUGGAUUUACGACGCAUAGCACUCAACGCAUCUCCCGACAUCGCAUGCUUUCGAAUUAUCCUUCGAAGCUCGCCAGAAUUGCGCCAGUUAACUCUUUAUGGCGCAGGUCCCCGGUGGCCUGACGAACCUGAACACGAUGCUGAGCCCAUCGUGCUUGAGAAAUUGAAUGUUCUAACGCUCGGUGAGCUUCACCCUGCCUAUGCAGCGUUCAUCACGAAGCACAUCAGAGGACCCAACACCCGCAUCCUCACGAUCGCGAACAUGACAGGACAUGAUUACGGACCUUUCGUCCUAGCGUUGGUCGGCCUAUUUCCGGAUGUUCGGUCUUUAACCAUCCGUGCCUUUGAUAUGCCCGAUACGCCUCAUCACAAGACCCUCAUGGCGAAGUGGAUGGCUUCAAUGCCCCUUCUAGGAUACCUGAGGGUUGCCGUGAAAAACACGAGUUGGCUAGACCUCUUAUGCGACGAUCCGUGCCGCUACGACCCUCAACGCCGUUACAGGGCUGUUCUGGGCUGUCGAUUACGGGUUUUGGAUUGGCAGGAGGUGGAUCCAAGGAAUGCCCUCUUAUUUGCUCGCCGCAGAAAGCAACUCGGGGUUCCUUUGACUAAACUGUACAUCAAUCCCUGCACCAUCGGUCGUCUAGGAGCGUUUUGGAGAACACUGCAGGCUGAGGGAGCCGCAUUCGCACGCGACGGGGUUUGGCCAGCAGCGUUUGGCGCGAGAAUGGCACCAGAAGAGCUGAGCCUCCUGACAGAGACGUCACCGCUGGUUCGAGGUCGUUGA